UCCUUUGUCUCGAACCCUUCUCUUCCCUCUCUCCCUCGAUUCGAUCCGCUUCCUCGCUCCACCGUUCUCCAAACCCUCCGCGAUUUGUUCUGGCGCGAUUCAUUUCUCGUUCAAAUCUGCUGCCAGCUUCCAAUUCGGUUAAUUUACUUCGAUGAGUGGAGCAAAUUGGACGCGGAAGGGGCGAAUCACUCGGCUCUCCGGGCAAAUUUGUUCUGGAUGCCGAUAGGGCGCUCACUCUUCACACGUUGAUUUGGUUACGGCGCGUCCGAACAGCUGACUUGGAGAUAACUCUUGCUUGACCGACCGUAUCGAUCGAUGGAAUAUGGACCUUCAGAUAGUAGCGGCACUGAUGAUGAUCUUCCACCGACUCAUCAUAAUAGGGGUGCAAGAGGAGGCCAUGUGAGUGGCAAUGGCAGAGCCAUAGUUGGUGCUAUUGUAUAUCCUAGGUUACAGAAUGAUAUGGAGGUACAAAUCCAUCGGCUCGAGCAAGAAGCAUACACUUCAGUUCUUCGAGCAUUUAAGGCUCAAUCCGAUGCCAUCACUUGGGAGAAGGAAAGUCUUAUAACUGAGCUUAGAAAGGAGCUGAGGGUGUCGGACAAGGAACACAGAGAACUAUUGAGCAGGGUUAAUGCUGAUGACAUUAUUAGGAGGAUACGGGAAUGGAGGCAGACCGGUGGACUUCAAACUGGAAUGCUUACAAAUGCUCAACCAGAUGUUGCCGCACCCAGUCCUACUGUAUCAGCAUCUCGAAAGCGGCAGAAGACGUCACAGCCUAUACCUUCUCUCUCAAUAGGUGCACCAUCUCCUGCACUACAAUCGCAACUUGGUGCUCCCAUGCAACCAUCAUCAUCAGCUGCAAAAAGGGCAGCUUCUGCAGGAACCAAAUCCAAGAAGCCUAAAUCGGGUCGGACAUUGCCUGGUGCAUCUUUGGUGAAGUCCAUGAAAUACCCAUCUGCAGGUCCUAGUGGAAGGAGCCAAGUUGCCAAUAGGAAUUCUUCUGGUGUUCUUGUGGCAGGUGAACCUGCUGAACCAGCAUCAUUUGAUCCACUAAUUGGGCGGAAAGUCAUGACUAGAUGGCCUGAAGAUAAUAACUUCUAUGAAGCUGUUAUAACUGAUUAUAAUCCAGUCGAGGGUCUGCAUGCUCUAGUUUAUGAUAUACACACAAAGAAUGAGACAUGGGAAUGGGUCAAUCUCAAAGAGAUUUCUCCUGAAGACAUAAGAUGGGAGGGAGGUGACCCAGGUAUUACUCAUCGGUCUGGUCAAGGUCCACAAGGCCGUGGAGUUAAGAGGACCACUGGUCGUGGUGGUUCCAUUCCAAGUGCAGGAAAGGGAAGAGGAUCUCUGAAGAAUCAGAAGAAGCGAGAUUUUCCUCCGUCCCAAAAUGGCAUCAGCAAGAAGGCCACCGGUGACAUAGAAAUACUCGACACCAACACAUUAAUAAAGGAAGUGGAGAAGCUUCUUGGUGCAAGUCAUCCUGAUCCUCUUGAGUUUGAGAAAGCCAAGAAAAUGCUGAAAGAGCAUGAACUAUCAUUGAUUGAUGCGAUUGCAAGAUUAGCUGAUGCCUCUGAUGGAGAAAGUGAAGAUGCUGAACGCCAGUUCUCAUAUGGCCAAUCUAUGGACCGAGAUCGAGGAUGGAGGGAUCGUCAGUAUGGUGGGAACCCACAUGGAGCUGAUCAUGAUGAUGACAUGGCUGUCGAAGGUGGAGAAGGCUCUGAGGGCGAUCGAAUGGUCGCUGGUGGCGUUUCUAUGGGUUACCACCGUGGUGGCAACGAUGAUGACCUGUAACUUAUGCCCAAGUUGUAUCAAUAGCUUCCAUCGCCUGGGAUGUCCAUAGUGACCCCCCUGGUUAUGUGAAAUGUUUUUGCUAAGAUUUACUCCCUACGCAUGGGAAAUUAAUGGUGCCUUCGUCGUUUGUCGAGAACAACUCUUGGAGGGGUUAGUCACUGUAAGGUUAGUGCAUGCUGGGGAAAUCUGUGCCUCUGUAAAUUAUUUCAUGAAUGGUCGACGUCCUUUUCUAAAGUCCUUUUUUUCUAGUGAAGGGUUCGGUUCCUGGUUGUUCUGAUCA